UAUUAUUAAAGCUGUUAUUUUACCACUGCUUUUACUAAUCAGCUCUGUUUUUACCCCAAGGAGAAAUACUCUUUUAGAUCUCGACCGGUCCAUCUUCCGUUUUAUCUGGGGGUCCAAGUGGGAGAGGGUGAGGCGAGACACCAUGAAGAGAAGAAAAGAAAAAGGUGGAAAAGGAGUGCCAGACCUCCACUUGUUCCUGGGGAGCCUGUAUGUGUCCCUGCACUUCCUGAAUGUAUUGGGCCCAUGCAGUAAUCCGAAAAGUCAAGCGAUGGCCAGAUUCUGGAUGGGCUCCUACCUGCGUAGCCUGAAAUUGUUGGCCACAGACCAAAGAUUGCCGGAGCGGGAUCCGGUGAGUCCAGUGCGCGGGCUUGCAAUAGGCGAGCCCACAACGGUUUGGCGCCACGUGAACCACCCCGCACUUCCAAACAGACUACGAGACCUAUCGUGGAUGGUGGCCCACGAGAUCCUCCCAGUCAGGACCGUCAUGCACUCCCGAGGAAUGGCGGCGCACUCAACUUGCCCCCGACCUGGUUGUGGCGCGCCUGAGUCGGUGAGGCACCUCCUCUGGGAGUGCAGCGCUGCGGCAGACCUGUGGGCGACAACCGACAACCUGCAAUUCCCGGACUUGCCGGUUAGGGAGGUCCUCAAUGCACAACUUGUGCUCUUCGGGGUGAGCCGCUCACGAGUACCGAAGGAGAAGUUUGAAAAUCAGUGGCUCACCCUGGCCGCCAUAAAAGACGCCAUCUGGACCUCCAGAAACUUGCUGGUGAGGCGGAACAGGCAGAUCCCCCCCGCGGCUGUGCUCCGAUUGGCUGCAGCAAAUAUGGCGGCUGCAGGCGGCAAGCCAAGGACACAGCCGCAAAGAAGAAUCGCCUGGGCCCAACUGGACGGGGUUGUCGGAGCUCCACGGUGAAGGUCGAGGCAGCAACGGCCUGACACAAUGGUAGAGGCAAGAAGAUUAGAACCUGGAGAAAUUAUGUUUGGGAGUGCGGGUGGAUGUUCUACAUUGUUAGAUAACACUGCGCGCCUGCACAACAGACA